AUGGCAUCUGGGCCGUCAAGGACCGAGACAAGCUGUGUGAGACCCCUGUGCAGGGAUUUUGCCCGUGGAUCCUGUCGGUGGGGCCCGAGCUGCCGCUUCUCACAUGGCGAAAAAAUAGCCCAGGUCUGCAGGUACUUCCAGAGUGGGUUUUGCCGUUUUGGAGAGCAGUGCAGCUACCAGCACGCCCAGGAGGAGCCAGCACCAGUAGGGACCCAAUAUGGUCUCACGUCCCAUCGCCCCAGCAGCCAGGAGCCUGGUACUGACCCUACAGCCAUGGACCAGGCACAGUGCACCUCGGUCCACCCUGCCCACUGCAUGAGGUGUAUGGCCUUCAAGUUCCCCAAAGUGAAGGUCGAAGUGGAAGAAAAAGACAAGAAGAACAUCCCAGUACUUGGCAACAUCCCCUGUGGGGCCAUCAGAAUACUUGUCCCCGCAAAAGCUCAGGCUGCCUCAGACUUCCAACCACAAGGACUAGAUCCAGGAUCCUCUGACCACAGAGAGGCAGUUUUGGAGACAGCGACUGGCCCUGCAAAGGUCCCUGCAGAGCCAGGUGCUGUGGCAGCCCUGGUCACCACCGCAGAGCUGAGAGCCCAGAGCGAGGCCAUAGUGUGUGGGAUCUGCAUGGACAGGGUGUACGAGAAGGCACUGCCAGAGGAGCGGCUCUUUGGGAUCCUCCCGAACUGCAGCCACGCGUACUGUGUGGGGUGCAUCCGCAAGUGGCGGCGCAGCCGGGACUUCCAGAACACCGUCAUAAAGGCCUGCCCAGAGUGCCGGAUCACCUCCAGUUACUACAUCCCCCACAAAUACUGGAUCUCAGAUGUGGGUGAAAAGGAGAAGCUCAUCAAAAACUUCAAGGAACGGACAGGGAAAAUCAGGUGCAAAUUCUUCGUCCGUGGCCACUGCCCUUUCAGAUCAGAGUGCAUCUACCUGCACGAGCAGCCUGCCCCGCAGCUGCAGCGGCACAGACGGCGGCAGCCGAGGGUGCCUGCGGUGUUCAUCCCUUCUUCCUCGGACAGCUCUGACGAGGAGGAUGAGGAGUAUGACUGGGCUCUCACCCUGGCCAUGCUGGAUACAGAUCAUGUUUACGCAAGUUAUCUCCACGACUUGCUGGUCGUUGACUUGAGCGAUUCCGACUGAGCCAUCGGGGCCACGCUGUGCCUGGGUGCUGCUGGUGGCCGGUGGAAGGGUCUGCUUUUGUCUCCAGCCAUUGUUUUGGAGUGGUUCCAGCCGUGGUAUGGGGUGGGAUGGGGAAG